GUCAGCGACGUCGGCGGCGCCAAGGCGUCGUGGCGUCGGGCGUCUGGGACGUGGCAUCAACGGCCCCAUCCGGCGCCGGCGGCGGGCGCCCGUCGGUCUUUGCUGCCGCCCGGGGGCGCAGAGGCCGGGCCUUUUCUUUAAGCACAAACGUCAGUUUGUAAAAGGGUGGGGCUGGAGUCUGAGGAGUUUUCAGGCUUCUGUCUCGAAGGAAGUCUGGCAGACUCGGAAUUGCCAUCUUCCUCAGGCAAAUAGUUUUUCACCUUAGAGCCAGCCUUGGCAAGGCCAAACCGCCCAGUCACCCGACUUCCCACAGUCUCAGCAGGGAGGAAAAAAUUUUUUUCAUCUAUAAUUUGGAAGCCAAGUCGUAACAAAAUGAAACCAGUAAAGCAUCUGUUGACCACCAGUAACAAAUCGGCAACUCUUCCAGCAUUAACCAGCAAAAAAGGACUACAUAAUUUACCACUAUCACCUAAACUGAAGGAAAAACAUAAUGCAAAAUUAAUUCAUGAUAAAAUUGAACCAAUGGUCCUGAGAUCUCCACCAACAGGAGAAUCCAUUGUACGGUAUGCUUUGCCCAUUCCAUCGAGUAAGACAAAGAACUUACUACCAGGAGAUGAAAUGAUUGGAAAAAUUAUCAAACAUCUGAAGAUGGUUGUUUCCACUUUGGAAGAAACCUAUGGACACUGUGAUCAGAAUGGAGAAGAACCAUUUGUAAAGCGUGAAAAUGAAGAAUUAUCUUUAUCUGUUGGGGGUGAUAUGAAUUCAUUCUUGACAUGUUGUUCACAAUUUGCAACUCAGCUAGAAGCAGCACUUAAAGAAGAACAAAAUAUUUUGGAAUCUCUUUUUAAGUGGUUUCAGUGGCAAGUCAGUCAGAUGGAAGAAAUAAGUACAGAUCAAACUCUUUUACAAGCAGAGCCUCCAGAACCUGACAAAACAGUCACUUUAAGUAUUGCACAAAUAGUACACCUUUUACAAAGAUUUGAAGAACUGAAGAAUCGCCUUAAACAGAGGUCUAAAUCCUCCUGGAAAGUCAUGUUGUCUAAAACCAUGGAUGAAGAAAAUCGACCAGAAGCAGUGAAAAGUUGUGAAGCUGUAGCACAGAAAAUUGAAGAAUUCAUAGAAAUCCUCUCAACUGAUGAAUUUAAAAGUGUUUCUGCAAAAGAACCACAAACUGCUCAUUCAGUGACUUAUCGAUUUGAUACCAUGUUGAAAGUAUUUGAAAACCAGGCAAAUAUGUUGGAGAGAGCUGUAAAUGAUCAAGUUUUGUUACAUGCUGAAUACAAACAGAUACAACGUGAUUUUCAGUUGUUAUCAGAAGAGAAGUUGGUGCUGGAAAAUGAACUACAAAAAUUGAAGGGCAAAGAGAAAAUUAAGUCUAGAAAUAAUCGAACGAAGAAAGUUGGUAAAACAGUGAAGAAAAAAGACAAAGGAAAACCUGAGGAUUCAGAAAAGAAAAUGUCCUUGAAAAAAGAGUUUAAAAUAAAAGAAGAUUUGGAUCAAGUACAGAAAGUAGCACGUCUGGAAAUUGAGAACAAAGUCCUUCAGGAGCAAUCGAAACAGGCUUUACAGGAAGCUGAAAAAGCUAAGCAUCAACUUAACUGUUUCCUAAGUCAAGAGAGGAAGUUACUUAAAAGUGAGGGGAAAACUGAGACAACCAUGCGAGUGGGUAAUAGUCAAAGAGAAGUUAAAAGUGAAGAUUCAAAAACUAUACCAUUGGAGAAGGAAACAGGAAAAUCACUGGUUUCAGAUUCAGGUGGACAGAAGACAAGUGAUAAAAUCCAAGAAUAUCCACAGAUCACUGCCCAAAGCGGAAGACUGAUUGAAAAAAGAUCCUAAUAGAGUUUCUGAAAUACUUUGGAAAAGUCUCCCAAACCUUCAGAGAGUGGAUGGGAGCGAAGUAAGGAGACCUCACCUGAGCAGAUACAUGGUAUUGCUUACAAUAAAGUACAAUUUUGCUCUUUACAACA